AUGGUUAAUCAUCGCCUAACACCGCCUCAAGAGAGCUAUAUUGGAGCGACAGCAGGAGCACAAGAGGAUGACGACCUGGACUUGCUUCGGAAAUGGUUUCUGGGUCGAGGUAUAAACAUUGAAGAGGUCCUCAACAACCACAACCGUGUACAACAAGCUAUCGAAGAAGAUGCAAUAUUUCUUAACCGCGCUAAAAAUGUGAUCGAUAAUUUGCCAGCGUCUGAAAUCAACGAGGCACUUGAUCGUUUCCUCAAAGAAUUUAAAGAGGAGGCAGAACAGGCUCAGGCUGCAUCAGCUGCCAUCUUGGAAUCGGGAAGCCUAUUCUGUAACGGAAGAAGUAUAGCUUGCUGCUUUUACGACAGGUAG